AUGAUCCGCUACGGUGUGGACAGUUUCCGCGGCUUCCGAGGUCGAUUGCGCUACUGGCUGAGUGCCAGGGAUGUCUACGGUUCCAUGGCCCUGAUGAUGUCCGCAGCCUACGUUCUGGGCAUUACUCCGUUUUUGGUGAGGCAAAAUUCACAGGGGAAGAGUUCCUUGGAGCAAUCCUGGUAUGGAUUUAUAAACGCCAUUUCCCGUUGGUUGCUGCUCGCCUACUGCUACACCUACAUCAACCUGAGCAAUGAGAGUUUAAUUGGUUACUUUAUGAGGAAUCAUGUGUCCCAGAUUAGCACAAGAGUCCACGAUAUUGGUGGCAUUAUAGUGGCCAUAUUUACAUUUAUUUUGCCACUGCUCCUGCGCAAACAUUUUCUAGGAUCUGUCAAGAUUAUAGUGCAAGUUGACCAAAAAUUGGAGCGUCUACGAAGUCCUGUGAAUUUCAACACCGUUGUGGGACUUAUAGUCCUGGUCGCAACAUUAGUUGUUAUUCUGGAUACUGUCCUUUUGUCCACCUGUCUAGUUUGCCUUUCGAAAAUGGAGGUGUACCCUUCGUGGCAACUGACUUUUAUCCUGGUCUACGAACUCCUGGCCAUUUGCAUCACAAUUUGUAUGUUCUGUCUGAUGACGCGGUCGGUCCAGCGACGUUUAACCUGUCUACACAAGGUGAGCUGUUAUUAA